AUGGCGAAUAAUCAGAGCACAUCGGCGGAACAGAAGCCCGCUACGAUUGCCAUAGUUGGAGGGGGUAUCGUAGGCCUCGUAUUUGCAAUGGCUGUCAAGAGACAUUGUGGUAUCACUUGUGAGAUAUACGAAAAGGCUACCAAGUUCUACGAUGAGGAGGAUGAACUCACAGAAGGCGACUGGGAGCUAACGAGUAUUGGAAUCCGUCGAUGGAAGCUUCAAAAAGUACUCUUCCAAGCAGCCGUGGGAAUGGGUAUCCCCUUUCACUUUUGCAAGGCUACCAAGGACGUGAUUAUAAGAGAUGAUGGCUUGAUUGAUGUCCUCUUUGAAGAUGGAAGCCAACGAACAACGCAGCUUCUCUUUGGCUGUGAUGGAGCCCAUUCCAAAGAUUGUGAGGUCAUGGCAGGAGAUGCCACUUCUCUGGAGUACACGGGUGUGACGUGUCUGAUGGGCAUUGCCGAAAAUUGUCCAGUUAAACAGAAAGGAAUCUCCUUCCCCAGUUCUCACACCAGUGGGUGUCAUGCUGUCUACUUUCCUACUGGCCCCAACGAACAAUGUUUCCAAGUGCAUUGGCCCAUUCCUGUUGAACAGGCCAACAGUGGCAACUGGGGAAACCUGACAGAUACAAUGUCCAAGAAGGAAUGCCGAGCUCUUGCCAAAAGACUGAAGCGGGAUGGCUGGCAUCCUCGAUUCUUUAUUGAGCCACUCAAUCACGUUACCCAUGCUGUCCGUGUUGGAUUUGCCUUAAUGAAACCCAGCUUGAAGAAAUGGUCCUAUGGCAAGAACAAGCGUGUCGUCCUGGUGGGCAACGCUGCCCACCCACCAGUUCCAUACAUUGGUCAAGGAGCUCAGAUGGGAAUUGAAGAUGCUGGCACCAUGGCCUGGCUACUCAAGAAGUUGUGCGUGGACUCCAAGGGCAACUUCACACUCGAGAAUUUCGGCAAGGCGGUAGAACUCUACGAAAAAAUUCGAAUCCCCAGAACCAGUCACAUAUCGGAGUGCUCCGAGGAGAUGGGAAAGAUGCAGGAGCUACGAGGGGACGUGGAUGCCCGUGACUCCCUGGAAUUUAUGAUCCAGGGUGAGGUCAUGAUGAAUGGUGCGUUGCCCAUCAUGUUUCAGGGUGUAUCCCAUCAUUACCAAAAGUCUGUGGAUAGGGAAUUGAGAAAGUUCGAGUUGGAAGAACAACGGAAUGUUGUUUCAGCGUACAUGCCGGGAGUCCUUGAACCGUCAGAUGGCGAGCGUAAGAGAAAUGCCAAGAAAGAAGAGGAGGAGAUGCGUGAAGCAUUUGAGGCAAUGAUGUACGGUACUGUGGCAGGCCAAUGA